GGAUCGAGGCCUGUCCAACACACUGCAGCUCACAACAGCCUGCAGCGUUGUUCUAAUAAACGGAUAAUAAAAAGCAGCAGGAUAUGCAAAGCCACACAUAUAUAAAAGCCUUUUCAUGUCAUGCUGCUGAAGUGCUAACGACUGCCUGGCCUGGCCUGUCCCUCCUGUGUGAUGUCAUCCAAUGGAUGAGUGUGGCUGGCGGCUGCGAUGCGCAUGUAUGCAGUCCACUGCCUCAUCACACACAACCGCACUUGACAGCUUGCCAGGUUAGAGGGGGGAAAAAACACAGGGAGGAAACCAGACCUGCUGAAUAUCCACCAGCCAGCCGUCAUCUACAGGAUUCCUCAUCGACAUCUCAUGCAUCCUUCUUUCGGAUUAAUUAUGUUUCUCUUGUAACGCACAGAUGACAGCGUAACCGGGGCGGUAAGCGGCUCAGAUACCCCCAGAAACACGGCUCGCUUUGUGUGCAUAGGAUCUGUUGUUGUGACUGGACAUGAAUUCUGCGGAACAGACGGUUACAUGGCUGAUCACGCUCGGGGUGCUGGAGUCUCCGAAGAAGACCAUCUCGGAUCCUGAGGCUUUUCUGCAGACCUCCCUGAAAGAUGGGGUGGUGUUGUGCAGGCUGCUGGAGCGCCUCAGCCCGGGCUCCACGGAGAAAAUCUACCAAGAUCCGAAGAACGACGGCGAGUGUCUGAGCAACAUAAAGGAGUUUCUGAAGGGCUGCACAUCGUUCCGCGUCGAGGUAAGUAGAGCUCUCAGAAUAGGGUUUAUAUUGUAUUUUUACCACACAUUUCCUCAUGUAACAACACCGGGAGUCGCUGUUUUGAAAAUGCACGUUUCAACAAUAAACAAUGGGUUCAUGGGGUGGACGGAGCUCCUGACACCGGGAGGAGGAGGGAUCUGCAAGCCGAGAACAAUCACCCAUCGCCCGGCGGAGAGAGAUAUGCUCAUCCGCUUAGUCUAG